GAGAGAAAGUCGCCAUGGGUUCUGUAGGAGGUUGUAUGUGCCCCAAGACUGUUGUCCGUCCUCUCUCGCCGGAGGAGGAGAGCAGCUACUACGACACGAGGAAGCUUCUGUCCGAGUUGAUCACCGUCCAGACGGCCAUCGUCUUCACGGAGAGCGCCCCGCCGUCCCCCAUCGACCCCUCGGACUCCCUCAUGUACAGGCUCCGCAGCAUCCUGGAGGUGAGCCGGAAGGACGAGCCCCAGACCGGCGCCUCGCCGCAGAGACUGAACCUGAAGGAGCUGGACGGGCUGCCGGGGAUCGUGGAGACGUCGGACGCGGACGGGAAGUCGCUGAGCUGCCGCAGCUCCUUCUCCCGCAUCCAGUCCCGCCACAGCGACGUCUCCCAAGCCACCAUCUCCGUCAUCUCCUCCACCAGGAUCGAGAACAGACAACCACGGUCUUAGGACUUACAAACGGAAUGAAAACUGUAGAUGCCAUGCCCUUCCGCCUUAAUUAUACAGCAGUACAGACUACACGGACUGUGGACCAGACAUUGCAAGGUCGUUCUAGUUCUAUCUGUUUCAGAACUCUGCUCUGCCCAUGUAUAAAGUAAGAUGAAGGAAGUAAAGACAUUUGAUGGUCAGCUUUGUACUGUGGAAUGUUGCAUACUGAGGUUAUAGUGAACAGAAGAAAGUCUGGCUCUUAGUGUAGCACUGAUGACAGGUGAGUCUGUAAAUGUUAAACUUAAAGCGUCUGUCUUUAUCCUUCAUUAACAAGGAAAAGACAUUAACUUAUAAUGUGACGUACUUGUUAUCCCGGAUAAUAACUACAAAUAUUAAUUACCUAUCUAAAGGGCCAUUAUGUAAUAUUUUGCACUAAAA